AUGGCGUUCAAUCACACACUCUCGAAGCUUACGUGGAGGAAAACUGGUCUCGGCCAGGUGGUCACCAACCUUGUGGCCACGGACCUUGAUGCCUGGGACCUGGGCAAGCUGAGAUACACCGUCCUGCACCAGACCUCAGAAGCAGCCGUCACUAUGAACAAGGAAGGCAGUCUAUACACUGAGACACCCCUGAAUCGCGAGUCCCUGCCCGUGCACAGCCUCAAGGUGUCCGUGAUGGACGAAGAGAUCCAGGCCAGCUUCACGGUGGUGUGCGACAUGAACAAAAACCCACCAGUCUUUACGCUGCCGGAGUACCAGGCGAACAUCAUGGCUCCCAGGACGACCAUUCUUAAGGUCAUUGGUGUUAAGCUCACCGGGGAGCUGAGCAGUUGGACAUCACCCAAAGACAUCAUAUUGAAGGUCGCUGGAAUUCUGACAGUUAAAGGCGGCACCGGGGCAAUUGUUGAAUAUUUGGGGCCUGGCGUGGACUCCAUCUCCUGCACCGGCAUGGCCACGAUAUGCAACAUGGGCGCCGAGAUCGUGAAGGUCGUGGCAGAGAGUGUACUCAAACUCCUACUGUGAGCUACUUCUGCUGCCUGCGCCCUCACCACCCCUGUGAAGGACGCCCAGCUGACCCAACCCUCCACGGUGAGUCUGUCCCACUUAAUGUUGCAAGAGUUAUCCGGUAUACCUUCACUCUCUCAUGCUCUCCCUAUGUCCUGUGCUGUCCAACUUAAUAAUGUGAGAGUUAACUGGUGUUUU